CGACGUCAGACAUUCAAAUCGACAUCGAAUCAUCGAAUACUCCAACCAGCGCUACAGCUCUAAUAGAUGAUGACUACCUUGGAGAUUUUUUACAAGUCAUCCAUACUCCUAUAUAUGUUUCCGGAACAAUGGAUAACGCUGCCAUAGCAAGUCAAUCCAACACGCCACCAUCUAACGGCCGAAGCUCUGCGCGCUUUGUUACUCCUAUCAGUGUCCACUCAUCUCCGAUUACUGCAGAGGUCAUUGAACCGUCGUCACCUUUCAGCCCCCCAUCUCCUUCGACGUUAUUGACAAGCCUGUCGAAAUCACCAUCUCACAAAAUAUCAAAUUUGCAAAUGGAUGGAGCCAAGACAACUUGCCUUGAAGUUCUUCAAAAUAGUUCCCUCGUAGUAGAUAGCCCCAAGAGGCAGGAUAAAUCUAUAACUGGAUCAAAAGCUAAACCUGCGAGUACAAUGAGACACGGACAAAGAACAGCGAGCCAUAAAAUGGCCACACAGACAGAAAUCCAAACCGUGGAUGGCGAUCGGCUCAUUGUUAGCCCAAAGACGCGAAAGAAGAAAGCGGCGACAGCGAAACGCACAAGGAAACAAGAUGGCGUAGCAGAGAGAAGGUUGCAUGGACAUGUUUCGAAAGUAAAAUCUCCUGGGGACCUCAAGCUAGACGCGAAAAUUCCGCCAUCAAAACCUUGCGACAAUAAAGCGCCAUCUGUUGGCGAUAACACGGAUAAUGAACUGGAGCGACAAACGGGCGGAUUACAGCUCGAAAAAGCCACCAAAAGAAGGCUCGAUUGGACUCCUACGAAAGAGGGGCCGAUACCAAUGGUUGAUUUGGCUGAGGUUCACUCCUCAUCUUGCGGCAAGAGCGUAAUUAGGACGCACAGCGCUGGGACGCUGCUCUCUAAUUACGGAUUCAGCGGAGUAGUAAAUACAUCACUAGCGCCAAUGCCGGAGACUUGCGAUAAUGGACCCACGACAAAACGUCUGAUGGAGCUUCAGAAUUUUUAUAGCGCCUCAGGCAUUCAAACUCCGACCGAAAGUAGGCCCGCCACUAAUGAUUCUCAGAGCAUCUCUUCAAAGCAACAGAGAGUGAAAGUCAAAAAGCCGCAGAAGGCAAAAUUAACUACACUCACAUCAUACGUUACUGCUAAGUAUAGUGUGGUAGAUCAAACAGCCGAUUUGGAUCGCAUUGAAACUGUGAACUCCGGGAAAAACAAGAAAAUGGGCGUAACGAAACGAACAUCGGGGACGGAACGUGCAAAUGCAGCUAGAGGGAAGUCAGAUACUUUAAAGAAUGGGAAUGGACCUCCGGUAUUUAAGGUAGUUCCCCCACUUGAGGCUUUCAAAUCAUUUGACGGACAAGAAUUGUUAUUUGGGACUUCAAGCCAGUUAGAACAUGGCCAUUCGGAAGACCAGGAUGAAGAAAUACAACACACCGCGGACUCGAUAAAUAAAAGCAAUGUUGUUCCGAGGCCAGCGGUUUCCAAAGGUCUGGGCUCGAGUUUAUUUCGAUUAUCCAGUUCGAAGAAUCUUUGGUCUGCGAGCUCUAGAGAUUUAACAGGGGCUGUCCUCCAGGUUGAUGAAAUAGAUUUAUCGGAGCGUUCAAUCGAGGUUUCUACCCCCGCGGCCAAAUAUAAACGGAAAACAGGUAUUCGGGAUCUUUCUGGACAAAAUGUGAUUGACGUUGAGAAAGAUACUCGCACAUUAGCGGCGAAUAUUGAUACGCGCGAAUUGGAUAACAUGAACGAACCCUCCCUAGCAGAAGACGAUCUCGUCUACAGAGAGAAUCUGGAGUCUACUAACGCGAAACUCAAUUCCCAAACCCCUGCAAAUAUUUCAGAAGCAAUGCUUGAGCGUCCUCUUCCGGAUAAACCUAUAUUCGGCGGGUUUACAACAUCAGAAUUGGCGAAGCAGGUUGCUGCAUAUGGCUUUAAACCUAUCAAGAGUAGGGAUAAGAUGAUCUCUCUCCUUGAAAAGUGCUGGGAAAACCAAUCUAAGUCAUCGAAGCUCGAGCCAAAGCCGAAUCAGCGCAAUCAUAAAAGCCAGGGAGAUGAUCUUGCGGAAAGGCAACUAUUAGGCCUCAAGCCACGGUCUGAUUCGAUUUCCUUCGUCAACACACGGUCUCCCAAAAAACGGCUGGCGAAAACCUCGGUGAAGUCUCAGGAAUCAAAGAGUUUUUCUUUAUCAAAUGAAGGUCCAAGAAUAACAUCGAAGUUGCCUAUGAAGCGUUUUGUAUCUCCAUGCGCAAUCCUCAUAGACGAUGAUCAAUCAAGCGACUCUGUUGGAGAAGCCCUUCCUCUAUCACCUUCUCAUAGCUCUAAUGGGAACGGCACAUUGCACCACCCGCAGGAUUGUGAUGAAAUACAUGCUCCUACGACUCAAAUGGCCAUACGUUCCGCAAAGUCUUCCAUUUCUGUAUCCUCUACCACGAAUCUGCCAAGCCUUUCUAGCCAGAUCACGAAAGCAGUUCAAUCUCAACCUCGAAUUAGAGCGUUCAAAGGGUUGAAACAGCCUACAUGGUAUGAGAAAAUUCUCAUGUAUGACCCGAUUCAGCUCGAAGAUCUAGCUGCAUGGCUCAACACCGGUGGAUUUGGCCUCAUCGGAGAGGAUCGGGAGGUCGGUGCCGGAGUUGUGAGAGAGUGGUGCGAGAGCAAAGGGAUUUGUUGUGUUUGGAAAAAGCAGGCCAGCGCGAAAUCGCAUUGACCCAUGACAUUUUCAGUAAUCCAGCUUGUUGGCUAUGACUCAUGACUGUAUAUAUAUAUAUAUAUAGAUAUUAUUUUGGUGGUUGGUUAUACAGGCCUGUAGGCUAUGGUAUUCAUUUCCAGUUUUACGUGGAUCAACCGGUUGGUCGACUGGUCUCUAGAUGCAAAUAAUGCUAAUGGCCCCUUAAAAUAUUGAAUACUCAUACUGUUCAAUGUAUGCUUUUAACAUCUCUUUCACUUAUAUUAACAAAUGUAGUUCCUCAAUUCGAGCCUUGUGCCUCAGUUUAUAUAACUCUUCUUGAAGACCUACCCUUCCAUGUCAAGCCUCUAACAUGUUUUAUUAUCCCCAAGUGGAUUUGGCUAUGUUCUUCAUUAUCUACAACCCAUUUUACACAACAUAUUUCUUCUCACUCUAUACGUAAGGGACAUUUCUCUGAGAGUUUGUUUGCAUGGAUGAAAAUAAUAGCAUUGCCCACGCCAAUGAUUACAACAUCUUUAUCCCAAAACUCCUGCCAUUCUCUGAAGGCUAUGCACUUGAAGCCACCCACCCAGCCAUGUAUGUACUGUACAACAAAAAUAUGAGAAUAAG